UGCGUAUAAGUGCUUCGAACCCUGUUAUAUGUUUGCAGCUUACAGUAGCCUAUAUUGACUCUAGCCGUUAUAUGUCGUUUUAUAGUAUGUGCAGAAAUGGUUUCCCUCUUGUUGCUACCCGUAUCGUUCUUGGGCGCCCAGUAUUUCCCAUGAGAUAUUUGACGUGUUGCUGAGUAGUGGUUCCGAGCAGAAGCGUGAUAUGAAUGACAUGAAAACACCUUACAGGUGCAGCGACUGAACGCGGACAGUGUCGCCCCUGCGUGACGUCACCAAGCAAACAUUGCAAUUGGGAAAGCUACAGUAGUGUACAGUUGUAGCUCCAUACUUCGGAGGACGCGAACCCACCUGGAGGCGCUGUGAAUGGUUGCCGCUGUUGUUUACUUCUUAAGCAAGGCGUUUUGGAUGGGAACUACGACCGCGGAGUGAAAAUAAUUCGGAGCGUCCACAACAAAUCUUAUUCGGUUAUUUAUCUACUUUUUUUGCUGUUUUUGCUGCAAAGGAAAUGGCUUCAGAUGGAAGAAACGGAGAUGGUAUGGCAAGCAUGCAAUUAGCGGAGGACCAGGUCAAGGUUCUGGAGGAGAAUUUCACCAAAGUCACCAAGCAUCCAGAUGAGGCGACGCUCAUGUUGAUCGCAGCUGAGUGUGGACUGUCCGAGGCAGAAACAGCGAAAUGGUUCAGGCUACGCAAUGCCCAGUGGAGAGAGGCCGAGGGUCUGCCAGCUGCACUGGGAUCCGUGAAGGACUAACAUGUGGUGAAGGUGCCAAUCUGCCGUGGCCAUCUUUUCCUGACCCAAGACCAGGCUGGAAAGGAGCACUGGAGUCUUCACUUCAUCUAAUCCUCUCCUCCCUGUAUCUAAGCUCUUUGCUCAUUUGCUGAAUGUGACCUGUUUGUAAGUCUUACUUGUGUUAUUUUUUUAUUUUAUUUUACUUUUUAGUCGGUUUGGCAAAUUUUUUUGUAUCAAUAUGUUUACAUAAAUAAAAUAUAUAUAAGUAAAUAAAUAUAUAAAUAUAUCUCUA